AUGGGAAAUGUAUUUUGCUAUGAACGAGACGAUGACAAUAUUGAGUGGAAAUAGCAACUCGAAAGUACUUGCUAAGUAAUGAAGAAGCAAAUGUGUUGGGCUGAGCCUAUACUAAUUUAGCUUAAAGAUCUAAGGGUAUCUAACAAGUAUUAGAAAUAACUACAUACCUUUGCUUAGAGUUACGAUGAGUCAUCACUAGCAGAGAUUUAAAAAUCUUUUAGAUCUAGAUAAUCUUCAAAGGAAAGCAGAAACAUAUAAACAAUUAUCAAAAGAACAGGAUUUACAGAAGAAGAUCUAGUUGAGAAUUUUAUCAAACCAAGCAGGGCUUCAUUUAAUUUAAGUAUUCAAUCAAUAACACCCUCUUACAUUUACCAUGAGAAAACAUCUAAUGUGGGGAUGGGAGGAUCUUAGGUGAAUUUUGAGGAUUAGAUGUGCUUUUUUGUGCAAAUUACAGAUAAAAUAAAAGAACACUUUGAUCAACCGAAUGAGUUAGGCGUAAUGAUAAUCCAUUUCAGAAAUUCUUUAAAUUAAUAACAUCAAAAUCGUUCAUUUCAAUACUUGCACGAGCAAUUGACAUUAUUUUGUCGAACUCUUUAUGAUACUAUCGUCAUCUAUUACGACAUGAUAAGUAUAAAGAAGAAGUAUCAAGCUCAUGCAGUUUUAUUGAAUGAAGAGACUAUGCUAAACUUCAUUGUCAAUUAUGUAAUGUCAAAUGAAGGUAUAUAUCAAGUCUUAUAUAAUUCAUUGCUAAAGGAAAUGAGUGAAAUUUAAAAAUAGACUGAACAAUGUUUUAAACAAAAUAAAAACAUCACUGUUGAGGACAUGGAAAUUCCAAAAGACUUUCAAUUGAAAUCUUAUGUAAAUCCAUAUGGGAAGGCUAUAUAAACCUUGUAGAAAUUGGGUAAAAAAUAUGGACCAUCCUCGAAAGUGAAGUUGAUAAUCAACUUUUCACAACAAAUUCAACAACAUGCUAGAGAGGGUAAUGAGAAUAGAGGAACUAGUUUGCUUAUGUAGGCUGAUGAUCUUUUACCUAUUAUCAAAUACAUUUUGAUAAAGUCUUAAAUAUAUGAUAUUGAUGUUCAUCUUACUUACAUAGAGAAAUUGAUUACCAACGGAAUGCUCAAUUCAACGAGUGGUUACUAUGUGGUGACAUUGCAAGCAGCCUUAACUUCCUUGAGAAGUAAUUUAAAUUAAUAAUAAUUUAAUUAAUAAAAAUGA